GCUUUACAGCGGUGUGAGUGUUUACGAUACCGGUGCAAACCACCAACGAGAAGCCAAGCAGCGUGAAUUUGUAGUAGGAUAUAACGUUACCGUCUUGACCAAUAUAUAACAUUAAUGCACUGUAGCAUUCACAAAAAGUAACCUUUAUGUAGGUAGCUAGUUAUUAGAGACUCGAAUACCGUAUUCAACCAGAGCUGUCACGGUCUCUCUGUUGUAUCGGGAAUGAUAUACGUUGGCUAGCUGUCAAACUAGCAGUCUCUAGACCAUCCUUGUACAAUUAACUAGUUUAGUGUUUAUCUGGAAAUAAGAAUGAGUAUUAAAUUGACAACUCAGGCUUAUUGCAAGAUGCUUUUGCAUGCUGCUAAAUAUCCUCAUUGCGCCGUGAACGGAUUGCUGGUUGCUGAGAAACAGAAGGAGAAGAAGAAAGACAGCCAUUCCACUCCAAUCCUCUGCGUGGAUUGUAUACCACUAUUCCACGGCACGCUUGCAUUGGCACCUAUGCUGGAAGUGGCACUUACAUUGGUGAGUGAAUUGAAAGUCUUUAUCUUCUAUUCACAUGUAAUGUUUCAACAUUUUUCAUGUUAUUCCAUUGCAUUUUCACCACUGCAAGUUCUGGGCCUGUUGAAGUAGAAGUUCAUUAACAGCUGUCAAUCCUGCUGACAUGUCAAGCUAAUGUCAACAUUAUGGUGAAGGAAGUUUCUGAUGUACUUGUCCGUUGGUGGAGUUUAUCAGAAACUUCCUUCACCAUGGAGUUGAGUUUAGUCAGCUAAUGUCAAACAAGCUAAUAUUUUUUUUCUUUCCCCACUUCCAGAUUGACACGUGGUGUAAAGAGAACAAAUAUGUCAUAGCUGGGUAUUACCAAGCCAACGAGCGCACAAAGGACUUCAGGUAACAAGAUUUUGAUACAGGAUCCCUUUCAAGUUCUGUGGAGAGUUGUGUUGAUAUGAUACACAAUGUACUCUAUCUUCUUUUGACUCCCACAGACCUAACCAGGUUGCUGAAAGAGUUGCGGCCAGGAUUGCAGAGAACUUCAGCGAAGCAGCAAUGAUUAUGGUAAUCCUCUAUCAGCCGACCAAUAUCAGAACUGCCACAUUACUGAAUUCACACAUAAGACCUACACUGACAACUGUAUCUCUAAUAAUGUUGUUUUCCUCAGGUGGACAGCACCAGAUUCACCAUGGGCUGCUAUGAGCCCAUAUUAGCCAUCUAUGACCACCAUGAAAACAAGUGGAAAUGCAGGGACUGUAAUGUGUAAGUGUUCCUGAGCAGAUAGGACUGUCCUAAUAUGUCAUGUGGGCUAGAUAUAUCACAGCUACUGAACAGCCAUUUAUCCAAAAAGAUUUGGACGUGCAGACAUUUGACAGUCUUAACCGCUAUACCAUAUACACAGGCUGUCACCUCUCAGAGAUCCUAUUAAAUUACUAAUUGGAUCUAAUAUGAGUUCUAAUAUGUAAUUCUAUGGUCGGCCUUGCACACCGUAUUGCAACACUGCAGUCUUGCAUUGCAACAUUAAUAAGAAAUGUAGUCAUUGACAAGGUUAGAAAUAAUGAUUUUUAAUUGAAAUAAUGAUUGUGUCCAUCAAACUUUGCUUUCGUCAAAGAAUCCUCAAUUUGCAGCAAUUACAGCCUUGCAGACCUUUGGCAUUCUAGUUGUCAAUUUGUUGAGGAAAUCUGAAGAGAUUUCACCCCAUGCUUCCUGAAGCACCUCCCACAAGUUGGAUUGGCUUGAUGGGCACUUCUUACGUACCAUACGGUCAAGCUGCUCCCACAACAGCUCAAUAGGGUUGAGAUCCGGUGACUGUGCUGGCCACUCCAUUAUAAACAGAAUACCAGCUGACUGCUUCUUCCCUAAAUAGUUAUUGCAUAGUUUAGGGCUGUGCUUUGGGUCAUUGUCCUGUUAUAUUCGGCUCAUGUGACAAAUGUGAUUGGAUUUGUGAUUCUCGAACGUGAAGCUGAGGUUCUGGAGUGUUGGUUUGUGUGUGUAUCCAGGGACUGCUUUGAGGACUGGUGUGAGGCUCAGAAGAUCACGUCGGCUCUGCUGGAGGGCAGGUCCUACGAGAGCCUGAUCGACUUCGACAAUCACCUAGACGACCUCAGGAAUGACUGGACCAACCCUGAGAUCAACAAGUCUGUGCUGCACCUGUGCUAAGCCUCCCAGCCGAGUGACUGCACUGCACUCGACAAAGACAUUGCGGCCAAAACGGCGUUGGACGUGCCCUUUACUACUGUAGCGCAGGAAUGCAAAGGGCUGAAUGCUAAGUCUUUGUUCCCAGUGAAUUGCUCUCACAGGGAAGAGAGCUUUCAGAGCACUGGCCAGUUGUAUUUUCAUGGGUAAGCAGGACACGGGUACCAUUGGGAUCUUUGUUCCCGAAGUAGGGAGGAUCAAGGUGAUCAAGACCUUGGUGUCGUUCAAUGCAACAUGUGUUCAUUUUCUUUCUCAUUUUUUGAGUAUGGUUUUUGUAUGCUAAUAGUUAGUGAAGAUGUAUGCGUAAUUCUGAAUUGUAGGGAAAAAUGAAUAUAAUUUAUUUUGACUUAUAUUUAAUACUUUAGGUUCUUCAGAAAUAGUAGUCUUAAAGAGAUGAUAGUCAUUAUAAAUUAUUGUUCUGAGAUUUGACUUAUUGAAAUAUUACAGAAUUGUACUAAACGAGAUAUGUUAUGUUUUUUUAUUUCACUACCUAUUAAGUCUUAAUGUUUAUAUUCUCAGAUAACUGUUUUUCUUAUAAGAGAUAG